AUGAAUGCCGUUAGAAGAGAUCAUGAUAAUCAUACACCUUCAAAUGGACAAAGCUCAUCUGACGAUAUCUCUAGUGUGGCUACUGAGAAAUUAUUACCUGUUUAUGAAAGCGAUCAACAACCAACAACUAAAAAGAAUAUUGUACGUGUUAGUCGAGUGAAAAUUGACCAUCGAAAUAGUUUACCAACUUUAAAAAUUAAAUAUCUUUAUCGACCAAAAGAUAAUGUAGAAAAUUUAUUUAAUGGCACAAAAAAAAAAUUUAUUGUAAAUGAACAUGUUAAAAUAUCUCGUGUAAAAUAUCCUAGUGUUAAUGACUUGAAUACAAAAAUAUCACCUUUAAGAUUAGAUCCACGUUCAACACACAAACAUACUGAUAAUGCAAAUGAUUCUCGUCCUAAUAAAAACAUAUCUCAGAACGUAAAUGGCAAUUUAAUCAAUAGAGAAACUAGAAAAAUGACAUCAAGACAAGGCAUAGUACAUGCCAAUCGUACUCCAACAGCUGCUCAUAUAAAUCAAGGUCCUAAUAAAAAAAUAAUUGCUUUCAAGCCUGUGGUUACACGACUACCACUUCAAACGAAUCAAAAAACAAUGUAUACGUCUGACAAACAUGUAUCUGAAAAAGUGAAAAAAUUAUAA